UUUAAAAACUUUCUGUCAUUUUUGUUAAUGGAAUAUAAAUUUUUUAUUGAUAGCCCUCUUUUUCUUCUCUUGAAUAUUUGAUUGUGCAGUCGUUCCAUUUUUGCGCGUAGAAAGUACAACGCAAAGUGAUUAAAAGGAACUAGAGUUAGUCACUAGUGUUUCCAUCUCCGCGAAAGAUGGUGGAGACCACGCAAAAGUGUUGUUGCGAGACAAACACAACGAGAUUCUUCGCGGUGUCGUGAUCGAGUCGGGGAAUCCUGGCGCCGAUUCCAAUGUGCCUUGACUCAAUCCAAUCUUUUUCUCCUCACGCCUGUAAUUUCCAAUUUGAUCCUAUCUCGAGUCGAUCCGCGAUCGUCCCUCGAUCCGAUAACUGUUCCAUGUGCGCGUUUUGAAUCCCAUCCGAUCAGAGAGAGAUAGCCGAACCGAUCAUGGCGGAUUCGUUGCAUAAGGAUGGAUAUGAAAAUCUAGCUGGCUUGAUGCGUGCUAGUGGUAAUACAGGGUCAGAUAGUGACAUGAAGCUGGAGCCGUCCAGUCCUACAGAGAAGUACACUUUCUCCCGUUGUAGCAGUACAGGAUCAGUUAACACGCCCUCUUCUUCCGCUCAUAAUACGGAGGAUGAAGAUAGUGAUAAUAAAAAUUCCACCAUAAGCUACAAGGAGCGCAGGAGGGAAGCUCAUACGCAGGCCGAACAGAAGAGACGAGAUGCUAUCAAGAAAGGUUACGACUCCCUUCAGGACUUGGUGCCCGCUUGCCAGCACACGGACACCUCGGGUUAUAAGAUUUCCAAGGCUACUGUACUCCAGAAAUCCAUCGAUUACAUACAGUUUCUGUUGCAACAGAAGAAGAAGCAGGAGGAAGAGCGCAACGCGCUGAGAAAAGAAGUCGUCGCGUUACGCAUUAUGCAGGCGAAUUACGAGCAGAUCGUCAAAGCGCAUCAGACGCAACCGGGGCAUGCGGAAAUGCGUAUCUCGGACGAGAUGAAGUUUCAAGUGUUUCAGGCAAUAAUGGAUCGCCUUUUUCAAACAUUUAAUAAUGUUUCCGUGGCUAACUUUGCAGAGUUAUCUGGCUGCGUGUUCAGUUGGCUCGAGGAACAUUGUAAACCUCAGACCUUACGCGAAGUAGUACUUUCGGUGCUACAACAGCUCAACGGUCAAAUCAGCUAGUCAAAUCUGUAUCUUCAAAAAAGAUACACAAUGUUUCUCUGAAAAAUUUGUUAAAUCUUUAUAUUUAUAAAGAUAACAUAACGUAUUAUAUAAUAGCUUGAAAUAGUAUCAAGUUUAAAGUAAAGAGUUUAUAAUUUACGCAGAUUUGGAUUAAAAAUGUUGGUGAUUUUCUUGUUGUUUUUUUCAUUUUAGUGUAAUAUCUGACAAUUAAUUCAUACAAAAUUUGGAAAAAAAUUUAUAUUAUUUUUAUAUAUAUUUUUUAAGUUUUGCAUUGAUAUAUUUUGUUAAUACAGAUAUCCUUCGAUUUAUAUGAAUAAUUUGUAUCUUGUAUUUGUGCAGAUGAUUCUGAGAUAAUCUCUUUCAGGAGAUAAGAUCAUUAGAUACUAAUAAUAAGUUACCAGAAAUGAUGUGCGUUGCAAAUAUAAUGCAUGUGAGAAAUAUGAGAAUAAGAGAGUUUAUUUUAUAUACAUCUAAUAGAGUUUAAAUAUAAUAUAGGAUUGUUGUGAGCGACUGUUGUCGAAUAUUUUUACCAGGUCUUUUAUUGCACACACUUUGCGAUAAAUGAAUGGCAUAUAGUGUAUAUAUGUAUAUCUGGAUGUAUCUGGUUAUGUAUAUAACAGAUUUAUAACAUAUAUUUACAAUGAAUGAAUAUAUACACUUUCGUGUAUACACA